UUCAUUUUAGCAGCCAUAUUGAACUCGGUUGAAAACUUUUACGAGUGACAAUUUUGAAAUUUGAUCUGCGUUGUUGAGUUCUGUGGAUGAGUUGAUACCCACAGUGUUGUGGAGAUGUCUUUAAAUGAGGACUUAGUACAACCUACUAAUGAUAGUUUCUGGGAGAUCGGCAAGUACCAUAGGACCGUCAAACGUAUAGACAAUGGUAAAGCAUUAUGUGACAGUCUUAGACAGCUGAUUAAAGAGAGAAGUGAAAUUGAAACAUCUUAUGCCAAGAACCUCACAAAUUGGUCCAAAAAGUGGAAUGAGUUUCUUGAUAAAGGUAAUGAAUAUGGUACUAUACAGGCGGGCUGGAGAGGGCUCCUACAGGAGGCUGAUAGUCUAGCUGAUUUACACAAUGUAGUGUCCGAGAACUUAAUGACUAAAGACUAUGCCAGCAUUAAAUUAUGGCAGAAAGAAAACUAUCACAAAUCCAUGAUGCAUUUUAAAGAAACAAAAGAGCUCGAGGAAGGGUUUAAAAAAGCACAGAAACCAUGGGAAAAGAAAUACACAAAAGUUAUGCAGUCUAGGAAAGAUUAUCAUGCAGCGUGUCGAGCAGAGAAGAGCACAGCUAACCAAGAAAAUAACGCUAGAGGAGAUUCGGCAGUAUCCCCCGAUCAGACAUCUGAAAUUGGUGCACAUGAGACAAAGUUGAAGAAAAUCCAGGAAAAAUUACGGAAAUGUCAGCAGGAUGUAGAAGCCACCAGAGACAAAUACGAAGCUUCAUUAAAUGACCUCAAUAGUUAUAAUGCUAAAUAUAUUGAAGAUAUGAAUGAGGUGUUCCAAAAAUGCCAAGACUUUGAGAAAAGUAGAAUAGAAUUCUUUAAGAAGACAAUGUUUGAGAUCCAUCAACAUCUUGAUCUGUCUGUUGAACCAAAGUUUUCACAGGUGUACAGUAACCUUCACAGUACAAUAGGUCAGAUAGACCCUGACAAAGAUCUGAGAUGGUGGUCAACAAAUCAUGGAGCGGACAUGCCCAUGAACUGGCCAACAUUUGAGGAAUAUUCCCCCGAGCUACAAAACAUUUCCAAGAAGAAGGACUCACAGCUGGGUGGAAAUGAUGGCAUUACAAUCACCAGUAUUCGUCAUAAGCCAGAUUCGUUUGUUCAGCAGUCAGACUCCUUUAAUUCUCAUCAGAGACAGACGUCUACAGAAUCACCCAGGUCCUCAACAGGUUCUAAUGUACAACAACAACAACAACAGCCUCAACAGUCCUCAACGCUUCGUGUCCAGUCACCUUUGACCUCAUUCUGGGGAAUGAUAGCCUUUACUGUAAGAACUCUUCAUGACAAUUUUACCAGGAAAAUUUCAUUUGAUGGAUUCUCCUUACGAAAGAAGGAAAAAGAUAAGGCAUCCAAAAGGAAAACUAUGUUGGAUCAAGCUAAACAACCGAAUGUAGAGGAAGUCAAAAGAAAUUCCGAUCCAUCCCGAGUGCAGCAGCCCCCUGAUUCUGCACGGCUUGCUCAAAUGGACACUGAUGUCUCACAAGCUGACAUUGUGCAGAAACAACAAGGGGGAGAGAACUACAUCAGAUCAACGUCGUAUGACGAGUCACUCAAUCCAUUCGGCGAUGAUGAUGAUGCUGAUGAAGCCAAUGUAACUGCAGAAUCUCAUGUGUAUCAGGCAAUAGAUGAGGCACGAGGGGAAAACAACAAGGAGGCUGAGAAGAAGGAGGAGCCAGCGGUAGUGGAGGACACAAACCCCUUCGCUGACGACGUAGAUGAACCCCCCUCUCCCUCACCAGAGGAUUCCCCACGGCAGGUGAACGGGAAGGAGGGUGUUCCUGUCAGGGCUCUGUACGAUUAUAACGUGACAGAGGAGGAUGAAUUAGAACUCAAGGCUGGUGAUGUCUUUGUCAAAUUAUCUGAGGAGGAUGAGCUAGGCUGGUGUAAAGGUUACAAAGACGGCCGAGAAGGAUUGUACCCCGCUAAUUAUGUAGAACCUGUAUAGAUCUCCAGAGCUUCGCCAUCCCACCAGCGUUUGGAACAGAGGACAUAUCCUACAUGCUGUUCAAACUCUCGAAUAACCAUGAUCAAACGUUUAAUAUUCAAAGCAUUGGAAUGUGACAGGGCGGCUACAGCUUGUUAUUACAUGUAUAAUGAUAUUACACUUGUUAUAUCUGUUACUUAAUGGUUAGCAGUACUUGUUUGUGUAUGGUUGUCUUCACGGACAUUAGGUUGUUUUCAUUUAUAGACAAUAUUGUUAUAAUCAGAAUCUUCUGUAGAGUUCUCCAUUCCUCUGUGGACACUGUUUUAAUUAAGCAGAAUGUGGUAGAAAAAAAACAGUGAUGUUGUACAGAGAAGUGAGUUAACAUGAAACCUUCCAGACAAAAUGCGAUAAACUACAAAAUAGGCUUCAUGUGAUAUACACUAUUAUAUUAUUAGUAUGUAUGUAUGUACAUCUCUCUUGCCACCAUUUUUGUUAAUAAAAAAAUUUCCAUCUUUUAGUAGAGUAGGCUUUUUAUGUUGCUAAGUUCACUUCUUGACUUUCCUUUAACUGAAACCCUUAUGGUGAAACGGUUAUGGUACUUGAAAUAAAAUUUUUGAGUCUAGAUUUUUUUUCUCCAGAAUUUAUGUUUACAUAAUUGACAUAUCUUUAGAAAAUUUUCACUGGAAGUUUCAUAUGUAGAAUUGUAGAUAUCUACCUCAGGACAACAUGUAUGUUAAUUAACUUUCAUCUUGGUAGCUUUUCUCUUUUUCUCCAAUCCUUAUUGCUACGCAUUCACUUAGUACAUGUAUGUAUUGACUUCAUGAGCAUGUAAAUCCAUAUUUAGGGUAGGUCUCUUUAAUUUAAAAGCACUGUUUUGUUAUCGCAUGAGCUUCCAGUUUGUGAUCAUGUCAUUUUGUGAUCUCUGUAUUUUGCCAUCUUUGCUUGAUUGUACAUUCCGCACUUAUAUUGUGAUUCUACUUUUUUUAGAGAAAAAAAUUAGUGUCAGAAACACAAAAUAUCUGCUCAUUUUCCAAAAACAAUGUUCUAAGUAUGAUGUUAAAAGCUAUACUUUUAUCAUAGGUUUUGAAAACUUUUAAUUUACAGUUGAUGAACAUUUUUUUUUAAUUGUGUAAAUUUCUGAUUUCAUAGAAAAAAACUUGUUUUUCUCUCUAAUUAUGUUUAACAAAAUUCUGAAUGUAGACUUCCAGCGUGUUUUUCUGAUUAACUUUAUUUCUGAUGUUUCUAGUAUUUUUCUGCUGCUGAGAUAUUUUGUUCUGGCUUUUUUUAUACCUUGGAAUGUUAUGUAAUCUAUACAUAAAUAUUUAGUGGUUUACCACUUGUUACCCAGCCCUCUCCUUGCACACUUGGAGACAGCAAAGCUAAACAAAUCUAUGAUCAAAUCAUGUUCUGAUGGACAAUUUUUUGUGAACCAUUGAUCUUAUGUACAAAAUGAUGAAAAUGGCAGUAUGAUAAAUUCUUUUCAUGUGCUGUCAAGUCCCUAAACAUUUGUGUCUCGGAUUAUUUGGAUUUUUGAGCGGAUAAGAUUCCAUGUGUUUUUGAGAGGUUCCAUGUUAAUUGAUAUAUAUCCAUUUUAUGAUAAUAUUUACAUUAUUAUGUGCCAGUGCUAGAUUUCAUAUAUGCAAUUAUAGAAUGUAUAGUGUUCAUAUUACUAUGUUAGAAAUGUACAGUUAAAGCAGUGUCGCAGUUGUCUCCCUUUUGUGGGAAUCCAUUUUGUUCACAAAUUCUUCGAAGUGCUGUUACCGUACUUUAUGGUAGCCAUUAUUCUUUUGAAGUGAUUAUUCUUAAGUAUGAUUUAAUCUUCCUGUACAGAAAAAAUAUUUUCAUCAUCAGAUUUUUUUUUUACAGUAUACCAUCUAAUGGAAUUAAUUAUACAAUGGAAUAUAAAAUUUUCAAUUUGAUCCGAUUUUAAAUAUGAUUAAGCAUUCAAAUUUGAGCCUUUCUGGUUGUAUCAGUUUUACUGUAGAAUUUUGAUUUCUGCCUUCAGUUGAGGAGUCUGUGUUCUGUUUUAAUAGUACUGAAGAGUGUCUUUGUAUAUUACAAAUAUUAUGAAUUGUGUACAAUGUAUACCCAAUGUGUAGCUGGGAAAAACUGAUAGUUAUUUAUUACUGAAAAUAAUUGCAAUAAAUAAGAUCUAACAGUUA